AUGUCGAACGUCUUCUGUCGACGACCGCGGUUGAUCGCUCGGGAUCUCACGCUUGCCACGCUCUUCUCAGCCAGCUCACUGUCCUCAUUGGAUACGGUGAAGGUCUCGGACGAUUCUGCAGAAUUUGUGAGUGACGCCGCAAAGGCCUACGUCAACUUCUUCAGCGGUAAUCCCCUCAACCGCCUCGCCUGGCUCCGCACUUCACAACCUUUCCUGAAUGCCAUCGUCCACGCACCGGCAACGCGGUGGCUCGUCUUCCGCGAGGGUCAGCCACUCCUAAAGUCUUCCACAUCCGGCGCGCACGCAGGCACGUUCAAACAGUCCCUCGCCCGCCUGACGACGCGCGACGUCCGGUCCUUGCUGGGAACCGAGCCGUUCUUCGCGCAAGGCCGGCGCGAAGGCGAGAUCGCGGAUCCGGACGUGAAGGCCCUCGAAGGAUCCCGGCUACGCGGCACCCCGAUCGUCUUCCUCGGACUGCACGAAACAGAGACGACGUUCGCCGCGGCGCUGCCCUCGUCGGACUUCAGCGCCAAGGCGGAUCCACAAACGGUGAUCGACAACAUCAAGGGCACGCCGUACUUCUCGCUCGACGUCAGCGACGUCGACCAGGCGGAAGUGGAUCAGGUUCUCCACGCGAGUGCUUCCGCUGAGGGAGAACAGGGCACGCAGCUGGUCUUCACGGAACCGCGCGCGGCGACGGGCUCCUUCGACGCCUUCGAGGCCGCGAUAUUUGCCGAGGCGCGCGCGAUUGUUGACUGGAACGCGCGGAACAAGUUCUGCCCUUCGUGCGGCAGUUCUGUACACUCUUCGUGGGCGGGAUGGAAGCUCACAUGCUCGACGCUACUCCCCUGGGCGGAGAACACCGGGCAGAAGCCUUGUUCGACCGCGACCGGGCUCAACAACUUCUCGCAUCCGAGGACAGAUCCAGUCGUCAUUAUGGCCGUCGUAAACCAGACUGGGGACAAGAUUCUCCUGGGUCGCAACAGGAAAUGGCCGAAGAGCUUUUGGUCGUGCCUGUCUGGGUUCAACGAGCCUGGCGAGUCCUUCGAGGACGCGGUCAAGCGAGAGAUGUGGGAAGAGGCCGGCGUGAAGGUCUGGGACGUCCGCUACCACUCUUCUCAGCCAUGGCCUUUCCCUGCCAACCUCAUGUGCGGAUUUUAUGCGACCGCCGAUUCGAACGAGCCGCUGCGCACCGAUCUCGAUAACGAGUUGGAUGAGGCCCGGUGGUUCACACGUGAAGAGCUCCUGGCGGUCCUCGGCCAUACAAGCGGCACAAUCAUCUCACGGCAGGAGCAUAAAGAGCUCGCCGCGGCGGCCGAGAACAGCAACCCGAACGGGAAGCCCGAAGCAGCGACGGCGGAUGCGCGAGGAGCCAAGAGCAGCGUCGCGCCAGCCUUGUCUGACAGCGCUCCUCCAUUCAAGAUCCCGCCUCGAACCGCGAUCGGAGGGGUGAUUCUCAGCGAAUGGGCGUACGGACGUGCAGGUCCCCAGCCGGUAACACCGAAAUUAGGCAGUCUAUGAAGGGCUUAUGAAAUCCUGCAUGGCGAACCUGGUGUUUGAUCGUGUUCUCGGGGACUGCUCUCUAGGAAUAGACGCGGAAGAAGAGAUGUCACCGUAAUAGGUAGGAUGAAUGAUGUUACACGACAGCCAUGCUAGAGUUGUACCAUACAAAGGCGAGAUAUCCGAAUGCGAUGAUGAUAACGCUGACAACAACGACCAAGAUACCACAUCUAGAGAGGCAUCUGACAAAGGGAGAUGAGAGGAAUGAUAACAAGCCAGUCAGGUAUACGCCUGCCCGCUGCAACGAGGGGUAGGUCGGACGAAUAGUGUACACGGCUGAGUCUACUCGCAAACACGGUCUGCUCGGGUGUGACGUUAUGUUAUCAAACAUGCCGUCGAGGCACAUACAACCAGCCCGGCUAUGCGGGAACUUGGGGGAAAGUCAGGAUCACGAGCGUGGUCGCCGCAAAGAGCGGAGCUCGAGCUGACGCCUCAGGUGCGAAGCCUUACGCAGGGCCACCACGAGGCCGUGUUGUGUCCCUCUCCUCCGGGCGGUACGCCCAAAUGCUUGGGCUUCCUGUGGGGCUGGCGCUGGGCAGACGGGGCAGAAGAACCACGUCGUCACCGUCCUCGAGGAUGCGGUCGUACGGAGGCCCACGUGUCAUUGAAUGAGGGUGCGCAGCAGAAGCAAGACCGUGACCUGGAGGACUGCCCUCGUUGCGUGUAUGGGGGCGUGCGAGGGGAGCAACGUUCAAGCUCGCGCUCGCUCCGCCAGCAACCGGACUCGUCAGAGAACGCGGCGGGGGGCUCGCAGGCCCGGCUACAGGCAUGCCUCCCUGGAACGGACCGUAACGUGGGCUGGUUGGGCUUCCCAGUCGCAUUUGCAUCGGGUGAGCGUUCCCAGGGUACGUAGGCUGGACUUGGACUGGCUGAAGCUGGAGGAGAGAACGUCCUGGCUGUUGCCGUUGGGCAUUAUUGACCUCCUCUUCUUCGGCGAGCUUCCGAACCUCGCGCUGCAUCCGCCGCACUCGCGUAAUAGCGACGCCGGCGCGACGUGUCUUCUUCUUUCGCGGCUGUCCUUCCGGGGUCUGGGCCCCACUUGCCUGGUUCUGCGCCUCUUGGGCCUGCUCGUCCUGUUCGUCUCCGUCCGGAUCUAGCUCUGCAUCCGUAUACUGGGGCGAGACCGUGCUCGUGCUGGCGAGCUGGUUCGGAGAGCUCGAGUUAGAGAGAAAUGAGAGUUGUGAAGAAUUUGCCAUGAUACGUUCGCCAGACCCGCCACCGCCUCUUGAUGAGGACGCCGACGAUGAAUGAUUCGCCAUAGCCGUGACCGGAUCCGAAGCACCAGACGCAGAGACAAGGACUUCCCGAGAUACUCCAAGAUGCUCAGACGCAAGGGCGAGCCUGAGUGUGUCCGCUUGGGCGAUGGUGGAAGAGGUGGGGACCCUCAGAGAAGAAGAGCAUUCGGCUGAAGAGAGAGCCAAAGUAACAGCGACGGCGCAUGACUGCAGGCCUGUUUCGUCGCCGACUCCGCAUUGUGCAGGAGCAUCCGGGAUUGUCGCCAAAGAAGCCAGAGUCCCUCCAGGAUCCGCUGAGCGCCGCGAACGUGAACGGGGGCGUGGACGUGAACGUCCUCCGUCCGAUUUGGGGUUUGGCGUGCCGUUGCGUAGUAGAUAAGCGAAGAAACGAGGAAAGCGGUCGGUAGCGUGUUGUGAUUCUACCACAGAGCGGCCUCGGAUCUCUAUAUUCUCUCGCCCUCCUUCUAUUGCCGUUCCCAGCGGAAGGGCCUUCGAAGGAGAAGCGCCUGGUGAAGUGAUGGGGAAAGAGAAGUCCGAGUGGUUUGCCGUGAGAGAAGCGUCGAGAAUCGUGCCGGUGUUGGACAGACCCUGGGAUGCAAGUAGUGGUGUCCAAUGAGUCAGUGUCAAAGAUAGAGAUAGCGUGCGCCUGAUAUCAGGUGUCAUCUCUCCCCUCAUGUAGGCUGGCAGGAACGACCCUGCCUCCAGCUUGCUAGCUAGCCGAGCCUGGGUGGUGGAAGUGGUGUCGCGUUCUGUCGAGACCAGAGGGUUCGACAACGUGUUGUGGAAAUUAUGGUGCCGAUCUGCACAAAGUGGCUUAAAAAAUGGGAGAGAGGGCAGGAGGGGACUGCAAUACAGUUACUCGCAAGAAUAACCAUAGCGGGCGUGGAGACGGCCAACGAGAUCAACAGGUGCCCAAAGAAGCAAUGGAGCUGUAUAAUGGCGGAGGCAGCGUGGAGGAGUGACGCGAGGCGGCCCAAGGUUUUGGAUUUAGCCUGUAUGUAACCUUCCUCGGGCGGAGUCCAAGAGGUCGGGGUCGGAAAGGUAGGCUGCGUCUCCAGCUCGAGCUCGAGGAAGGCAACGCUACUGCGCUGAGCGACACCGUCCUAAACCCUGAGACCCACGUUGCUCGAGAAAGCGGAUAAUGUGGGGAUAUAUCGCAAGAUGUUCGACAGACGGAAUCGCGAGGGUUCGGCAAGAGAGGUCGGCGCUGAGAUGUACCGCAAGGAAGAGAGAGAGAGCCGAGUACAGAGAGCGUUCGGUUUGGGCCACACCUGUCCAACCUGCUCUCCCGCCACAUGUGAAGACAACGUUCGUCGGUCAUCUCCCUUCACUUGACUCAACAGAAACAUGUCGAAGACGGCGAU